AUGACGAGUGACGACCAGCAAUUCCUAGACCUACUUGCCUCCAUCCCGCAAGACAUGGCCCACUACGGCAGUCGCAUAGCGGAUUACGUCGACAAGCAUGCAAAUGCCAUUGCCAACGACAUCCGCGAUGCCAUCGACCGGGCAAGCUGGAUUCCCGACUCCCUCCGGCCGCUGCGCCAACCGGGCGGGGGAGGACAGGGCCAAUUUUCAGCUCGUCCACCUCCCCCACCGCAGGGUAUCCUCCAAAAGACUACGGCCUGGGUUUCGAGGAAUCGGACCGCAAUUGCGAUCAUUGUGGCAUUCACGGGCACAACUUUGUACCUGAUCCACCGCAGGAAGAAAGCACACGCGAGAAAGAGACGAGCGAAGAAACUGCCUAAUGGCGCAAAGAAGGAGAUCGUUAUACUCGCUGGCUCGACUUUCCAUGACGCCUUGACGAGGUCGCUGGCUCUUGAUCUUGAACGCAGAGGCUAUGUGGUCUAUAUCACCGUCUCUUCGACCGAAGAAGAUUCCCUUGUACAACAAGAAGCAAAAGCCGACCUGCGCCCGCUCUGGAUUGAUUUAACUUCUACGGUUCCUAACCCGGCGGUGGACGUACAUCCGAAUCUAGAAUCCAUCCGCGACCUCCUUACAAAGUCAUCUCGGUCUUCAUCUCCUAGCAGGAGCUCGCACCGCUCGGGUUCUUCCAUGGGGAACAUGACAUUGGCUGGUCUCAUUGUCUUCCCCGGUUGCUCGGGCUACAGCGAAGGGCCACUCGCAUUGCUCCCUCCCUCAGACAUAGUAGAUACAAUCAACACGCGCCUCGUCUCGCCUCUCUUGACAGUACAACAAUUCCUCCCCCUUUUAGCAAACCACAGUCUCGACCCGAAGUCGCCUUCGUCAAUCAUUGUUGCAUACCCGUCCAUCCCGCACAGUCUUUCCCCGCCACGUCAGAUUCCAGAAUGUCUCGUCGCAUCAUCCCUCUCAGCACUCGCAGCCUCUCUAAGACGAGAAAUCACCGCUGCCGACGCAAAUAUCACUGUCUCGGAACUGAAGUUGGGGAAUUUUGACAUGGGCUCCGUCACGUCCUGGUCGAGAACGACGCCAACUCAAUCCACGCUCAACCCAGGUCCCUCGUCAGCAUUGACACACAGUAGCUCUCACUGGCACUCAUCACAGCGCGCUGCUCACCAACGCAAGUCGCUCGGCCAAAGGAGUUUCAUCCGCGGCUCCUCGGCGAGGGAGUUCCACAAUGCGGUCUUCGACGCGCUUGCCCCGCCGCAAACAUACAGACCAUUUGGAUAUAGUUGCCUGGAAUUCACCACAAACACAAGACCAAACGUCAUCUUUGUCGGCAGUGGUGCCAGGAUGUAUGAUUAUGUAGGCAAGUUCAUGCCUGGUGGAUUGGUGGGGCUGAUGAUGGGAUGGAAUCGGAAGAAGACAACCCCCCGGUCUCAGGAGGGAAUGUACAAGUCCAUGAGACAUGAUGCGAGUGGUAGUAGGAGUGCAAGCGGAGCUGGGACCCCUGCUGGCGCUGGCAGCGCGUCUGUAGCUGGACACCCGCUUUCAGGCUCAGCUUCAACUUCGGCCUCCGCCUCUGCUUCAGCGUCAGGGUGGGGAUUCCAGUCGUUGGGCAGUGAGAGCGGGAUAUGGGAGAAGGUAUGA